AGAAGGAUGGAAGUGAUCAGCUGCGUGUGCAAGAGAACAGUACCGGAGGAAAUGUUCUUUUCACUGUAAAUCCAAGAAAUCCCUCCUGCAUUGUUUCUGGGAAGAAGACUGGUAACUGCCAACGACAGCGAAGGCAGAGAGCUUGAGCUGCCUCUGUGGGAAAUGCUGGCAAGAAGCUGAGAGGUCUCACAAGGUUCUUUGGGAUAGACAUUUUGGACCUGUGGAUCUUCCUAACACUUGGUCAGGAGACACGAGAGCACCAUGUCUGCGGCGACACCUCCCCGUAUUUCAUCUCUGUGGGACUGACAAGUUCCUCAUGCUCCCCGGUGUUCCUGUGUAUUUGAACUGAUUUCUUGUAACCUGUUCCUCUGAUCUUUCCUGAUUUCUGUGCUGGGGGAGGGACUCACAAUUUAGGAUAUAUAUUCUUUUUUUUCUUAGCCAGUUUGUUGGUUUAAAAUAUGCCUUUGAGCUCCCAGCGGGCCUUUGAGCACGUGGCACCAAGCAAGAGAAGCAGUGAUGGCGAGACCCGGAGCAGUGUCCUGGUGAGCAACGCUGGCGGUGACUGAGCCCCUCUUUCCUGUGUCUCCUGCCUCCCUGUCGCUGGGACACACGCUCGGAACCCCGACAAGCUUUGCCGACGGCUGGAGCCCGCCGCAGGGUGAGGACGCGUUCCCGAGCGGUAUGUGUGGCCGGAGCCCGCUGCUGCAGCUGGUAGCAUGAGUGCUGGCCCCCCGCUGCAGCUGGCUGUCCUCUGGCCCUGGCUGCUCAUGGCGACCCUGCACGCAGGGCUUGGCCGUACAGGGCUGGCGCUAGCGGCGGCGGUCGAGUCAGAGAGGUCGGCAGCGCAGAAAGCCAUCAUUAGAGUGAUCCCCCUGAAGGUGGAGCCCAUUGUGCUGGAAGGGGAGUUUGCAAACGUUGCUGAGGUGACUCCAGCCGAAGGAAAACUGCUGCAGUCCCACCCGCUGUCCCUGUGCAACACCAGCGAGGAUGAGCACACCGAAUCGGGAUUCAUCACCAUUGUCAAGCUUGAACAGCCGGAUCGGGAUCCCAACCCCUGCCUGUCGCUGGCAAACAAGGCAAAGCUGGCGGGGGAGCGUGGAGCUCGUGCGAUCCUUUUUGACAUUACCGAUGAUGAAAGUGCUGCUGAUCAGCUGAGAAAGCCCAGAGGUCUGAGUCAGCCUGUGGUUCUGAUCAGAGGUCACGAUGCUGAGCUUCUCAUGGGGGUCGUGAACAAGAACAGAGAGGCCCAUGUGAAGAUAGAGGUCAAGGAGCCACCAUCUUGGCCAGACUACGACGUGUGGAUCCUCCUCACGGUGGUCAGCACCGUGGUCGUUAUCAUCUUAAUUUUUGUGGUGCGCACAAAGUGCCAACUGAACAGGACUCAGGACUCCCUGCAGCAGCAGACCAUGCAGGCCAUCGGGCAGCUGGCCACGCGUAAGUUCCAGGCGAGGUGCCGGCCAGCAGCACGGUGGGACUCGGCCAGUACCUGCAGCUCAGCCCCGGUCUGUGCCAUCUGCCUGGAGGAGUUCAGCGAGGGCCAGGACCUGCGGAUCAUCUCGUGCUCCCACGAGUUUCACCGGGAGUGCGUUGACCCCUGGCUGCAGCAGCACCACACAUGUCCACUUUGCAUGUUCAAUAUCCUUGCCAGAGACUCGGUGGACCAGGCCACGGCUGCUGGCUCCAGGAUGGCCCCACAGGACAUGGAACCCGGACGGCGACUCCACCUCUUCCGACAGCACCCAGGACAUGCCCUUUACCACCUCCCACAUGCUUAUCCUCAGAGGAACCUCAGGAACUUUCCCCCGGAGCAAGCCCAUGGCAACCCCUUCUUUCACUCUCUGGAGCUCUCCCAGUUGGAUUUUGGCACUAUCCACUACAUGCCUUACAGGCCAGCCACCUCCCUGCUUGCCUGUGGCCACUCUUCUCCUCUGGCCCCGGGCUUGCUGGGCCAGCAGCAUCCCAACCCCUCGGCAUGCGGGCAGACGCUGCCAUCCCACAGGACUUGUUCUCUCCAGCCCCAGCCCCAGCCCCCCUGCCUGGGGCUCAAGGCAGCCCUGGUGCAGAAGCAGCACCGGGCGCCUGCCCUUCGCCGGGGGGUUGGCCACGGGCACCAGCACAACAGCAGUGGCUCUGGAGAAAGCUAUCUCACGGAGCACAGCGGGUACCUGGCAGAUGGGCCAGGCAGUGACUCCAGCUCGGGGCCUUGCCACGGUUCCUCCAGUGACUCCAUGUUGAACUGCACAGAUGUCAGUCUGCAGGGCAUCCAUGGCAGCUGCUCCACUUUCCGCAGCUCCCUCAGCAGCGAUUACGACCCCUUUGUGUACUGCAGCUCAGAGGGCCCUGCCACAGACAAUGGCCAGGAGCAGCCGCUGCCACCAAGGGACAUGCGGCCCAGGUCCUUGGACUUGAUGGUGCCUGGGGGUGCUGGUCCGGCGAAGCCCCAGGUGCUCAGCCACGUCCACUACCACCACCACCAGCACCACCACUACAGAAGAAAUGCGGAGUGUACCCCAGGGUGGGCAGGGCAAGGGCCUGGGCAGCGCAAAUCCCGGUACACAGGGGCCAAGGUUGGCUUCCACAGUGCUCGGACACAAAAGAGAACUGAGAAAAGCUAUCACUGUCAGCAGCCUCCAGACAGCAGCACUGUGCUGCAGGAAGCAGCUCUGGCGGGACAGCCAGCCUGUUCCCAGCAAGGCCGGGAGUCCCCUCAUAUCUCUUCCGCUUCUCCAAGCAGCUUGGACUUCAGUAAAGAUGCCAAAAGACAAUUGGAAGCAUCUGGGACAUCCCCUGUCCCACUGCCCCCAAAACACAGCUCACAGAGCCGUCACCACCGAAGGAAAAGAAAAUGUCCCCUGGAGCCCAGCCCCGCUCUUCUGCCCGAGGACUCAGCCUUGCCCAAAGCUUGCGAUGCUCGUGUUCCUCAUAGACAUCCUGCUGGCUACUGCUGCUCACCCGAAGCCCAGCCCCUGAUCCCCACAAGCGCUCCCCUGUCCUGCAGCUCAGGCUCUCGGCCGCUCUGGAAGUGUUUAGUGCCGCAGUCUGGCUCAGAGCUGAAAAAGCAGGAGGAGGGGUUGUCAGGAUGGGAGGGAAACCACACGGUUCCUGCUGAUUUCUCAGGGACAGGCACCCCCAGACACAGUCUGAGUCUUCAACUUCACUGCCCGUCUCAGCAGGGUAGUCAGGGAUCUGAAGAGGAGGUCCAGGAUGUCCGUGAACACUCAGUUUAAUAAAACACUGGCCUGCUUCCUUACUGGAGAGCUGGAGUGGACAAAGAUGUUCAGUGUACCAGCCGUCGAGGAGCUCACAUCUGGCUCUGCGCAGUCCUGACCUGCACAGCCCAUGCCAGGGUGCAGACUCUGAAUAAGCACUUGUGGUCUCUUCACAUGUUCCCCAUUUGCGAUGGUCACACAAACACGGUGCUGUGUUCUCCAGGUCCCCUUCUCCUUUGAAGGCAGAGGCAGACCAUCUUCAUCCUGUAGCAUCCAUCUGUGUGGGCCAGCUGGCUCAGAGGUCAGAGUUGGGAGUCACCAGCUGGAGAGCUCGCGCAGUGAGUGCAAGCUACUAUUUCGGCAUGUUCAUGCCAUGGAAGGUUUUGCUAAGCACUUCAAAAAUAAACAAACCUUCAAGACCAAAAGCUGCAGAAAUGACUUUCUGUGGCCUGGUAGCUCCUGACUUAAUUUCCUCGCUUGUCAAAAGCCAGACUUCUUAAUUUAGCUUUUCCACUCUUAUUUCAGACACAGGAACAAGCUAUUCUCCAUCUUAUCACCCACAGGUCUUCCCUGCAAGGUGCUGCUUCUGGCUUUUUUGGAAACCAACAGCUCUCACCACUUUUGAUCACUUCAUUGUCCCUCAGCUGACGCCAUCUCAGCCAUUUGCUGGGUUUUGCCAGCAGCAGGCGAGGUGAAGACACAGGGACAAGAUCAGUAUUUCUGGGAAGGAGCUGGGUUAGACUCUUCCUGUUGCAGUGGGAAGAGCAAUCUCAUCUGGCAGUGUGUACAAGUCUCUCUCUCACUCUCCUCCACCUGCUCUCAAGAUAGGUGUGAUGGCUGGCUCUGUUAAGAGCAACUCAUUUGUUGAGCAUAUUUCAAACCUGAGAUGCUCCCAUCUCAGGAAUCAUGGAAAAUCUUUGCCUUGAUGUGGCUCUUGCUUCUGUCCUUCCUCUCUCAUUGCCUCAAGACAGAGCAAAAUUCCCAGCAAAAGUAUCCAUAAUAAGUGCUGAGCAUCACCCAGCCUUAAUUGUAUUUCUAAGACACCUGAAAUGAUCCUGCAAAGGAAUUUUUCAAAAUACUCUUCUGGCUUUCCUAAUAUUUUUUGAAUGGAGAGAGAAAACUUGAUCAAUCACUAAGUUCUUGGUUUAUUACUAGGGUUUUUUUCUCUCCCAGUUGCGGAGGUUUUUUUUUUAAUGUCACUAGUUCUCAUUUCCUACAUCUCAUAAUUUGGGGGCAUUCAAGUAAAAUAAAGCCUGCCCAAAUGAAAAACUUACAGAACCCAAUCAGUUUUCAUUCAGCAGGGAAUUCAAGUAUUGAUUUUAUUGCCUUCAAUGACCAUUCAGGCCAAAGAAUUGGGCAGAUUCCCACAUGAAGUGCCCAUUUCUGUGGCACCCAGCGUUCCCAGAGUUAAUACUCUGGGCACUGGUGAGGAUGCAACACUGGAGCUGAAGGUAACUCCUGACAGUUUGAAACCCGAUGUAGGGACAGACUGCUGAGUACUCAGUAACCUUUCUGUGUCUUUCUUUAAAGCAGCAGCUGCUUCUCCAGUACAAGAAAGAGUAUGGGUUAUGUAGUUCCAGUUCAGGAUGAUCCUACCUCUGCCUUCCUUCAUUGGUGAGAAAGGCUUUUUAUGGGGUUUGCUGCCCUUCUUUGAAAAAGGCAUCUUUGUCCCAGCUGCUAAUCAGUCACUGACAUUCAAAUGAUCUGAAGUCAGGCAAUAGCACUGUUUAAAACAAAACAUUAUUCCCUUGUUAAUGUUCAUUUCUUCUGUGACCAAACCACUGCAGGACCUUUCAGUCUAGGGAAGAGUUGAAUUUCUUUCAUCAAAGAAACCAGGAGAACUAUAUUUUAAUCUUUUGAGGCUCUUCUUGCUUGUCCUACAAAGCAGGCAGAAGACAGAAGCUCAGAUUUCUUUCUCCCUUGCAGGGAUGUCUGUCUUAAGCUAGAGGAAAAAACCAAAAAACAAACAACAAAACAGGAGCAUAUGUAGAUUCUCCCUGUUCAGCUUCCUGUGCAUGUUGUCCAUGUCAACCAGCUCCCUACAUCCUUGACCAUCCUGGAGGACUCAGAUGACUUCACAGGAAGGAGGGUUGCGAAGUCCAGGUGCUCCCACUGGUUUCUUUAACAGAAGGCUGCGAACCUCCAGAGGUGCAUUUCACUGCCUCAAAGAAUGGGCAUCUAGUCUGCAGUCUAAAAGUCCUCCUCUUUCCCUCCUUAUCCUUAAGAAAACAGAGGGCUUGGAACCUGCAGGAGACCUCAAGCUUCUUGGAGAAAGUGGUCAGCACUAAUGCACUCUUUCCACUCCCUACUGCAGUAUUACAGGGCUGUGCAGGGCAAUGCCUGCUUUUCCUUUCCUGUUUUCCUUUCCUGACAUUAUGCUGCUGCUCCUUUUCAUACAGAAAGCCAUUCUAGAUUCUGAGCCGAAUGAGAGCAUGCAGGUCUGCCUCUGUGGGUUCUUGGAUGGGAGGAGAGGGAGGAACUCUCCAGGAAGGUGGUUUUUAAGGUCCUCUUCAGUAGAUGGACUUCCAUCCUUGGCUGCCUGGAAGGGAAGAAGCAGUAUCUGAGAAAAGGCUCCUUUCAGUUCCUGCCCCUGUCACUUCAGGGUGAUGCAUUCAAGUGCUCAGGACCCUUGGGCUCUGUCAUGGAAUUUCUUCAGCCUCACUGCAAUGAAGCAGAGCUCGUUUUUCUUCAUUGCCUCCAAAGUCCCACCUGAAAACCGAUGGAAGCCAGAGCAUCCCAAACUCCCUCUAUCUUAACCCGAAGUGCAGCCAUUCCCCAGGGACUGCCACCCUCCCAGGGCCUCCUGCCCCACCGGGGUGGGUGCUGUGGCCCGGGCUGGCUGGACCUCCCCCCUUCCCACACAGAGCCUUUGCUCCGUUCUGUGAUGUUCAGAUCCUUUGGAAAUGUGAAUAUAGGUUUGAUUUUUGUCACUGGUUGUCAUUUCCUGAGCCUGGCCUGGCUCUGGGGCUUGGGAAUAAAUUAUGACACCACCCCUCC